CGAACCAAAACAAACGUUUCACCGUGCUGCUCGUGUAGACCCGUCUGUGCGGCCACAAAGUCCCGGAUGCGGCCACUUUCGGCAGGAUGCGCAAAACGUGGGUUAAGCGCGACAACAUAUACUAUAAACCGUUCUACAAGCAGAAGCUCAAGCUCACGCUGAUCGGUGUGCUCGGACUGGGUAUCCUGUUCUUCGUCUACCAGCUGGUCUACAUCAGUCAGUUUCUGCCAUCGUCGUCGUCGUUGUCGUUGUCGUUGUCGUCGUCGGGGUCAUCGGGGUCGGCCUUGCUGGCCGCCCAGAUGCGGCCCCCGCUCCACGCAAAUAGUAAUAAUCCCGUUGCUUCGGCAGAACUGGGAGCGGACGGCGGCAGCCCACCAUCAGCAACACCGUUGGCGGCGAACGGGGGGCUACACGGCAGUAGUAAUUCGGACACCGGGCAGCACCAGUACGCCUACGUCGAACGGAUCGGGAACCACGAGCGUAUGAUCCUGCGGUAAGUGACAUCGCACCCCUCCCUUGCGCGCCGACCACCAUACAUCGAGAACACAUUUCCUUCCGUUCUUACAGUGGCAUCCGGCUGCGAGAUCUGGAUCACUACACGGAGCCUGCGUCCGUGUCCCGAGCUUCAUUCCGGUGUUUGCAGACCGGCCGUGAGCUGAGCUGGGACCGAGUGAACGACGAUUACUGUGACUGCCCGGAGGACGGCAGCGACGAACCGAGCACAAAUGCGUGCGUCGAGGGGCGAUUUUACUGUCGCUUCCAGAAGCGCCAUCGGACGGGCCGGGGGAGGGACCGAUCGAUACCAAGCGGCUGGGUUAACGAUGGUGUCUGUGAUUGCUGUGAUGGUUCCGACGAGUGGCUCCCGAUCGGUGGUAACCUAGUGCCACCCCGCCCUUGUCCGAACACCUGUAGCACUAAAUACUUUCUCUAAGCCGGGAGAAGCGCGGGAGAUUGGCUUCAACCGUUUCCCUUACGCUUUUCUUUUUCUUUUCUUACGCGGCCUGAACCGCGCAUCUCGCCAUCACGUCUCGCAUCACAUUCCGCCAAUGCAAUCGCAAUGCAAGGGAUGCUGGAAACGAACAGCCGACCGAGGAUCACUUUGCUAGCAUGUUUCACAACCUCUAGGGUAGAUUGAAUAAAAUAAAAAUAUUUUUACUGUCGAUAAAUACACAGUUCACCUGGUGUCCGUUGCCGUCGUCGAGCCACUAAUCGCAGGAUACCUCUCCGGUGGGCUGCACGGGCUCAUCCUCU